AUGCCCGAGACCGAGACAGGAAAACUCACGGCACGGACCUAUGACGAGGUCACGUACCUUCAAGGCGGAGGUUUAGUAGCUAUUGAGAUGCUCCCUGAGAAUGACACUGCAAAGCAGGUCGAUAUCGCAGAAGCUAAAGUCUUCUUUCUGAUGGGCGGCCCUGGGUGUGGCAAGAGUACGAUUGCUGUCAAACCAGCGGCGGAUCGGGGCAUGAUUCACCUCGAUCCGGAUGUUAUUGUUCGUCGUUUGAAAGACAGUGUCCCCACGGAGGCAUGGGAAUCCAUCAAAAGCAGCAUGGAUGAGGAUGGGAAUUUGCCGGACAAAGUGCUCAUUCUGCUUAUCAAACAGGAGAUUGAGCAACAUCUGCAGUACGGAGCUCUGCGGUUCGUGAUUGAUGGAUUUCCACGAUCUUGGGAGCAGCAUGAUCUAGCUGACAAGACCUUCAACUUCAAGCUCACCCUUUAUCCGCAGGUGUCCUCAGAAACACUGAAACAGCGAUCUAUGCAGAAAAGUCUCGCCUCACAGAGCGCGGAAAAAGGGAUCGACACAUUCAAAAGACAGAGAGAGCAGUAUGGGGCGCCUUCCAAAGUCCUGAUAGCCUAUUUCGAUUCCAAGAUAGUCUUGCACGAGCACCAGAUAAGGGCUGAAGGCGAGAUUGAUAUGGAUUAUCGGUCCCUGAUACAGGCGGUCAAUUGUCGUGCAGGAAAGUAA